ACUCAUUCUCACUUGUAAAGCAACCAAGGCACCAAGCAUAUCUCUCUCUCUCUCUCUCUCUCUCUCUCUAGAAAAACAAGAUCAUUUGAAGAUGGAAAUUGAGAAAAGCCCAGCAGAAAUAGCCAAGAAACUGUGGAACAUAGUGAGAAUAGUGUUGUACAUGAUGAGGAAAAGCCUAGCAAAGACCAAAAUCAUGCUUGACCUCCAAAUGCUUCUUAAGAGAGGCAAAAUAGCAAGCAAGGCUGCCAUAGGCAACCUCAUGCUCCACCACCACCACCACAACUACUACUCCGCCCUCACUUGUCGAUCCAACGACGUAACCACCUCCUUCGUCUCCCCCCGAGAGUACGAAUUCAGCUGCAGCAACAGCCCCGCCUACGGCCCAUCAAAGCGUAGAAACCACGUCAACCGCCACCACCAACCGGAUCAUGACCUCAAGGUAAUGCACAAGGUGUUGGACAUUUUGAACCGUUACGACGUCGUGGAGGCGUCCCCCCUGCCGGGGUUUGGACGUAGCCCGGUCGGGCGGCAGCUGAGGGUGACGGACUCACCGUUCCCCCUAAAGGAUCCGGAGGAGAACCAGCAGGUGGAUAGGGAUUGUGAAGAGUUCAUCAACAAGUUCUACAAGGAUUUGAAGAAUCAAAAGAGGAUAGCUGCGCUGGAGUCCCCAUCGCCAUACCACUUAUGGGCCAGAUGAAGAAGAAUUGAUGAAGGCCAAUAAAUUCUGUGCUGCUAUUCAUUAAAUUUUCACAUUGUUGUUCAUGUUCAUGUUCAUGAUCACGGCCUCUAGGGUUUACGUGGUCCGCAACAUUAAGACCAAUCAAUAUGCGCCACAAACUUACAGCCUUCGACAUCGUACAAGGUCACGUGACUUGUGCAUGACAACAUCAUUUUUCUUUUGGGUGGGGGUGAAGUUGAGAGGGAGGACGAGCGCUGUUUUUUUACUGAAUUUCGACAGUAAUUCCAACUCUUGGGAUAGGGUUAUAUUUUCCUUUGUAUUUUGAUGUUGAAUUCUCUUCUUGGCUAUGUUGUUGGUAUUUGUAUAUGUUAUGAUCAUGUGAUGGUGAAAAAUUAAAUAAAAAGUUUCACUUUUGGGUUUCUAUUAA